AUGCUUCAGCCCCGAAUAGCAACGCCAUUGCGGCGCACGUUCCUUACUGCCUCUUCAAUAUGCCUACGGUGCCAGAGCCGAAUCGCAAUCCCCUCAAUCGCAAGGCAAUCGCUUGUUCGACCUUUUACCUCCGCGCACACUCUCCGCCAGCAGGCACCGGAACCAAAGCCCAUCCAGACCUCGCCCACGCCCGAUCCUAAAGAUGAAGACAUAUUCAUCCCGAAGCCGCUUGGCCGUCCCAUCGGUUUCAGUCGCGCUCCACAACCAGGGGAAAACGCCAGCAUUCCCAAAACCAAGAAAGACUACUCCGGUAUGACCAUGUCGCAACGGAACCUCGAGAAGCGCAAGGAUCUGGUCGAGAAAUGGGGCACAAACUACUUCCGCGACUUCAAGAAUAUCCGCAAGUAUAGGUCGGGAAAGACUUUCAUGGCGAACCAGAGGAUCUUCAAGAAGGACGCGGCGUUAUACUUUCCCAACUUCCACGGAGAUACACUAGAGGGGAAGGACAAAGACACUACGAAUGUGCUCAACGGGAAGAUCAGUGUUGUGAAUGUGUUUAGUUCGAUGUGGGGGUUGACCCAGGUCGAGACUUUCACAGGGAAGAAAACAAACACCGCACUGCACGAGAUUCUGGCGCAAAAUCCCGAGGUUGCGCAGAUGGUCGACGUCAACAUCGAAGAGAACACGAUGAAGGCUUGGAUCGUGUCGCUGUUCCAGUGGCGGCUGAAGGCCUCCAAGCCAAAAGAGGACUGGGGCAGGUACUUCGUGGUCAGAAAAGGUGUUAGUGAGAAGAUAAGGGAGACAAUCGGACUUUUAAACGGCAGAGUCGGCUAUGUCUACCUGGUAGACCAAGACUGCAAGAUCCGAUGGGCAGGCAGCGGAGACGCAGAAGGCACGGAAAUGGAGGAUAUGAACAGAGGCUUUGCGAAGCUGGUCAACGAGGCCCGACAGACUCCUUCAGAAGCCACGCCUAAGGAGGCUUGA